GUCAGCAGGUGUCAAUGGAGAGAAAGCAAAAAUGCCGUUUUUUUUGUGCCGCGUACGGUUGCAAUAAUCGGCGCAGUAUUCAAACCAGAUCGCGUGGGAUUACCUUUCACAAGUUUCCCAGUGAUGCAGGCUUGAGAAGGCAGUGGGAAGUUGCUCUUAGACGGGAGGAUUUUGUUGCGACGGAGACAUCAAAGCUCUGUAGUGAGCACUUCAAACCCGAGAAUUUGGACAGGACGGGUCAGAUUGUUAGGCUAAGAGAUGGUGCGAUCCCAUCCGUCUUCAGCUUCCCAUCUCAUCUCCAAAGACCUGUAGUGACAAGGACUUCAGUAACGCCAAGGAAAGCUGAAGAGAGUCUACCAGUGGACCUUUCUCAGCAUUUCCCUGAAACUGAACCUCAGCCCAGUGAUGACCACUCCUAUGCUUUGCUCAAUUCUCCUGCUCAUCUAAAGGCCAGGCUCAAUGAAACUUUGGCUAGAGUGGAGAGUCUAGAGCGGGAGAAGAAAAAUGCAAAGGCCCGAGAACGAAGAGCAAAGAAGAAUGUAAAAAUUCUUCUGGAAGAUCUGAAGAAAAAGAACUUUAUUAAUGAGGAGUUGAAAGAAAGGCUUGAUGUCCACUCAGGGUUUGUUGUAAGAAAAAUUCUCAAAAAACUGUCCUGUGAGGUGUGCCGUGCAAGCCUCGUCACAGCUGCUGUACCCUCAUCCUUCGACCAGAGCUACCACCUGCUUGCACUUAAAAACAAUGGUGGGCUUAUGAUCCCCUCAGAGGGAACAGUGAAGGUGAAGCCUGCAGAGCUGUAG